AUGCAACCGCUAUCUUCAAUGGUGGUGUCUACAAUCACUCUAACGCCGCUCACAACCUUCUUUCAACUAUGCGUGUCGGUGUUUUACGUGGUGGAUGUGAAGUUGAGAUUUGGAAGCGUGCUCAACGUGAAAACAAAGAUAUUUCUUUUGUCAGCGAUACAGCAGGUCAAAAGAUUAUCCGAGCUGGUAGUCAGGUUACCCGCAUCGCGGAACCUGUUCCAUCGGCUGAUGCUGCAUAAGCAUUUUCAUUAA